GGAUUUAUUCGAGCGUAGUGUUGAAUCUAGUCAAAUCACUCGUCGCUCAGUGUUGCACCUGCCGGAUCGUUCGAAACUUUAACUUCGUUCCCUUUCGUCGUUAAUCUACGUCUUCGUCGAUCUUCUAUUCCUUAGUGUUCGUCUUUGGUGUUGCUCUCCAAGGGUAAAUAGUAAAUCGCCUUCAAGAUGGGGGCAAUGUUCAGGAGCGAAGAAAUGGCCCUUUGCCAGUUAUUUAUCCAACCUGAGACUGCCUAUCUUUCCGUUUCCGAGCUUGGAGAAACUGGUACGGUGCAGUUUCGUGAUCUGAAUGGAGAUCAGAAUUAUUUUCAACGAAAAUUCGUUAACGAAGUUCGACGAUGCGACGAACUCGAACGGAAACUACGAUAUAUCGAAGCAGAAGUGAGAAAGGAUGAUGUACCUAUACCCGAUAAUUUAUCAGAGUUACCACGCGCACCUAAUCCACGUGCGAUCAUAGACCUCGAGGCGCAUCUCGAGAAAACGGAGAACGACAUAUUAGAGCUGAGCCACAACGCGGUCAAUCUGAAAAGCAACUAUCUCGAGCUGACGGAAUUAUGGCACGUCCUCGAGAAGACGCAAGUAUUCUUCACGGAGAAUCAAGAGUCGUUUCUUCUUCUUCUAUAUCAACAGGAAGAGGCCAACGACUCAAUCACUAGGGCUUUGAUUAACGAGGAAGCACAGAAUCCGAGCGCGUCGAGUCGAGGUCGACUCGAAUUCGUUGCUGGGGUGAUUAACCGUGAGCGAGUACCUACCUUCGAGAGAAUGCUUUGGAGAAUAUCUCGUGGAAAUGUAUUUCUUCGUCAAGCCGAACUCGAGAAGCCAUUGGAGGACCCGGCUACCGGCAACAAAAUCUAUAAAACAGCUUUCGUCGCCUUUUUCCAAGGUGAACAAUUGAAAAGCCGUAUCAAGAAGGUCUGCACUGGAUUUCACGCUUCCCUCUACCCUUGUCCGAACAGUCACGCUGAACGUCAAGAAAUGGCUAAAGACGUGCGAAUAAGAUUGGAGGAUCUUAACUUGGUUCUAAAUCAAACUCAAGAUCAUCGGCAACGUGUCUUACAUAGCGUAGCUAAAGAGCUCCUCAAUUGGAGCAUCAUGGUUCGUAAAAUGAAAGCUAUUUAUCAUACAAUGAAUCUCUUCAACAUGGACGUUUCGAAGAAAUGUUUGAUAGGAGAGUGUUGGGUACCCGUCGCUGAUCUUAGAAUCGUACAGACCUGUUUAACGGAAGGAUCGAAGCUCUGUGGAAGUUCGAUACCGUCUUUCCUCAACGUAAUUCAAACGGACGAGGAUCCUCCAACAUUUAAUAGGACAAAUAAGUUCACUAGAGGUUUUCAGAAUUUAAUAGACGCUUACGGUAUAGCCUCUUACCGUGAAGCCAAUCCGGCUCUUUACACGAUCGUCACUUUUCCUUUUCUUUUCGGUGUUAUGUUUGGAGAUGCUGGUCACGGUAUAAUAUUGAUAAUUUUCGCUGCGAUUAUGGUACUUCGAGAAAAAAAGAUCAUGGAACAAAAGCUUGAUAAUGAAAUAGCAAGUAUAUUUUUUCAUGGACGUUACAUUAUCUUGCUGAUGGGUAUCUUUUCUGUUUACACCGGUAUUAUCUAUAAUGACGUCUUUGCAAAGUCCCUAAAUAUUUUUGGAUCCAGUUGGAGAAACAAUUACAAUUAUACAACUAUAAAAGGUUCUCAUGCGCUCACAUUGGAUCCAGCUACGGAAGCUUACCUACAAUCACCCUAUCCUCUCGGUGUUGAUCCCGUUUGGAUGAUCGCCGAAAAUAAGAUACUCUUUCUUAAUUCUUACAAAAUGAAAUUGUCUAUAAUAUUCGGAGUCGUUCACAUGAUAUUCGGAGUUUGUAUGAGUGUUGUUAAUAUAAUACAUUUCAAGAAAUAUUCAAGUUUGAUCUUCGAAUUUCUUCCGCAAUUAAUCUUUCUGCUUGUUUUAUUUUUCUACAUGGCAUUUUUAAUGUUUGCUAAAUGGGUCAUGUACGAUGCGACUUCGUCAGAAUUAAGGUUCAAACCAGGCUGUGCACCAUCUGUGUUAAAUACUUUUAUUAAUAUGAUGCUGUUCCAACAUGCCAAGGUAGAAAGUGGUUGUUACGAGUACAUGUUCGAAGGUCAGGAGACGAUGCAAACGUGCUUUGUUCUCAUCGCACUUCUAUGCAUCCCUGUAAUGUUAUUCGGUAAACCGCUCUGUACAUUGUUUUGUUCCAAACCGAAAUCAUUAGAUGAUAGAAAAGUUCUUAGAAACGGUAAUGCUUCUCAAGAUAUAGAAUUGCAGAAUGUACCUUCGAUGAGUCAAACUGUAAGCGUGCAUCAAGAUCAUGAUAACAAUUUUAGCGAAUUGAUGAUUUAUCAAGCCAUUCAUACGAUAGAAUAUGUUUUAUCAACGGUUUCUCACACUGCUUCUUAUCUACGUCUCUGGGCUUUGUCUUUAGCUCAUUCUCAAUUAUCUGAGGUCCUUUGGAGUAGAGUUUUACGAAUGGGAUUAGGAGCUGGAGAGAGCAAUUACGUUUCAAGCGUUAUUUUGUUCUGUACCUUUGCUGCUUGGGCGUUUUUCACAGUUUGUAUUCUUGUUUUAAUGGAAGGACUAUCCGCCUUUCUUCAUACUCUUCGGCUCCAUUGGAUGGAAUUUAUGAGUAAAUUUUAUAAAGGAGAAGGAUACAUUUUUCAGCCAUUUUAUUUUAAAAAUAUACUAGACGCCGAGGAUGUUGAAGAUUAAUCGUUCAUAAAUAAACAAAAGCAAUAAUACA